AUGAGUCCAUUGCACCACGCCCUUGUGAUCGUCUUCAUUCUCGGUGCGGUGUGCACGUAUGACACUAUCUCGCUGUCCGAGAGCAUCUACCAACGACGCAGGCACGUGCCAAAGCAGUGCAAUUUCUACGCCAGGGAGCAUGGCGCAGCAAGGUACGCGGUGGUGACACUGCUCACAACGAGCGAUUAUGUGAGGCUGGCAAGCACUCUGGGGAAAUCCCUCCUGCUCUAUUCGCAACUCCCCUGUAGCAUCGACAGGAUUGCCCUCAUCACCGCUGAAUCGAAGAUCACGGGGAGCAAGAUCACCGAACUCUCCGAUGCUGGUUGGGAGGUCCGGACGAUUCAGACGAUCCUCUCUCCCGAGCACAUCAACUGGAACACUGUCAACACCGCUCGGUACAUCCCUCUCCUCACCAAACUCCACAUCUUCAACAUGACGCAGUACGAAGCCGUGCUGUUUCUCGACUCCGACAUGAUCGCACUCGGGAAUAUCCACGUUCUCUUCACCGAUGUCCUGCCCGAGAUGAAAUACAGGAAGAUGCACAUGGGAUGGGUGAGGGACCAAGGCGGGACCUUCGCCAGGACUUUCAACACCGGUCUGCUCCUUGUCCUGCCUUCCACGGCCCUCUUCACCGACCUUAUGCGAUUCGUGAGAAGGGGCAAGUACGACACACUGUUCGCCGAUCAGGGCGUGCUGAACUCCUACUUUGGCCUUACCCAGUACGACAUCGACGGAAGGUUCAACGUGAUGACCAACAUCCCACAGGACAAUGCGACGCUGUACGAUUCCAUCCGUGACGAUGUCAGGAUAUUCCACUCGACGCUGAAGCCAACAGAUCCAUUCUACAUAUCGCAGUGCAUCUGGAUGAGGGCACACGAUCUCUGCCGUGCAUGGAAGGACCUAGAUAGCCUAGAUAUCAAGUUUAGACGGGCAAUAAACUGA